CUUCCCUUCAGCUCGUGGCUGACCAAGCUGAGACAUGGCGGUAAGUCUAAGCAGCUACGGUUUCCAAACCGCAUCGCCGGCCUCAUGGCGGCGGCGGAGGGCGGCGGCGGCGGCGGAGAAGGUGGAGAUAAGGGUAUGUGUGAACCGGAGCUGUGGGCGGCAGGGGUCGAGGGAGAUUCUGGCGGUGCUCUCCGCCCUUGCGCCCACGGGGGUCGCUGUCACCUCUUGCGGCUGCCUUGGCAGAUGUGGCGCCGGGCCCAACCUCGCCGUCCUCCCCGCCGGCUCCCUGGUCGGCCACUGCGGUACCGCCGCUCGCGCCGCUCAGCUCCUGGCCGAUCUCUGCGGCUCCGCCUUUGAUCCCCAGAGGAGUCUGGAGGUGCUCACCCUCAGGAAAAAGGGAGAGAGAGAGCUCGAGAAGGGGAAUGCCGCCGAGGCCGAAGCCCUUCUCUCCCAGGCCCUAGGUCUCGAACCUUCCGGAGGUUUGCAUUUUAUAUACAAAAGCAGGUCAUCUGCAAGAUUAGCUAUCGGCGACAAUGCUGGUGCUCUUGAUGAUGCCAAUGAAGCAUCUAGGAUAGAUCCCAAAUAUCCUCAGGCCUAUAUAUGCCAAGGCGAUGCAUUCUUGGCAAUGGGAGAAUGGAAUGCUGCAGAGAAGGCAUAUUCAACCGCUUUGCAGCUUGAUCCAUCAAUUCGUCGCUCCAAAUCAUUCAAGGCUCAGGUCGCUAAACUUCAAGAGAAUCUUAUUACUCUAAAUACUUCAUCCUAAUUUCUCUCUGGAGAAUGUACCUAAACACAAUAAAUAGAGCAACAAGCAUGAUGCUGGAUCAAAAUCUUGGCAAAGUUAUCAUGCUGGUCCUUCUGGGAACUUAUCAGCUGGAUUAUAAUUUUUGUUAAGAACCAUCAUCUUAGGAAAGUCGAUAAUUGCUCUGUUAUGUGCUCUGGUGGCUUGUUCAUGGAUGCCCCCAGUAUCCUAUGUAUAAUGUGAUGAAUGUACAGUGAGAUAGUGUUGCGAUUGCUGUAACUUUGAACUAUCCGAUAUUAUUACUCUUGGUAAUUUCUCCAUCCAUUGUUUUACGUGAUCUUCUGCAAAUGGAUCCUAUCUAUUUUAUAC